AUGAAUCACCGGGGGAGAGUCAGUCCUAGAACUGCAGCCCCAGCAGAAGAGAGAAGCUGCUCCCAGCUGAACCCCUGGGUCUUCCUUGUUUCUGUCCUUGCCAUCAAAACUGCCUUUGUAACCAUCUGCCUUGUUGUUUUCCUUCAUGGAAGCUAUGACCAGUACAAGACUCUGCUCCAGAACGCUACAGAGUGGCACUGCAUCCCCAGCACACCUACAAGCAACAAGGAGAGCUGGACGUGCUGCCCUAAGGGCUGGGAACGCUUCCAAAAAAGCUGCUAUUUUCUGUCUGAAGACGCGAUGCCCAUGGCUGAGAGUGUGCAGAACUGCACCGGGAUGGGCUCCCACUUGGUGGUGAUCAACAGCGAAGCAGAGCAGGAGUUCCUCUUCAAGCUGGCAAAAGGAGCAUUCACCAAUGCCUAUGAAACAAAGUACUACAUAGGCUUAAUUGCUUACAAAAGUGGGCAGUGGCAGUGGGUGGAUCAGACUCCAUAUGAGAAGGCAGCCACGUUCUGGAAACCUGGGGAACCCAAUUUACUCUUUGCAGAAAAAUGUGCUGCAAUUCACGUCAAGGGAAACACAGACUCCAGCACUUACAGUAACUGGAAUAACAUCCUUUGCUUCACAAGUUGCUAUCGAAUUUGUGAAGUGGCAGCCAAAUUUGUCUGA